AUGGAGCGAUUCCUAGAACAAUCACAAUAUACUGAUUUGACUAAUAGUUCGUCUUUUCUAACUGGUGAUAUCUCGGAAUAUGAAUAUUUAGCAGACAUCUUACGAUCAAUGAACCUGUCACAGUUUGGUAACGAGAGUGAUCAUGAAUUGUUAUACAAUUUGAUCAAACAAAUUCAACAGAAAGUUGAUUCAGAACAAGAUGCAUCUGUUCUAAUUUACAACUUACUGACAUUUGUACCUCCACUCAUUUUAGCAUUUGGAAUUGUUGGAAAUAUUUUGUCGUUUAUUGUUCUCACUAAAUUUUCCAAAAGGUUUCCUAGUUACCAUUACCUGUAUGUACUGGCAUCUUUAGAUAUGGUUGUGUUAUUAACAGGGCUGUUAAGACUAUGGGUAAAACAAAUAACCGGAAACGACGUUGCGAGUGAAUCUAAUUUUCUGUGUCCGCUAUUCACAUUUUUAGGUUUUUUCAGUAGUGUUGCUAGUGUGUGGAUUGUCCUGGCUAUAUCUAUUGAUCGUGCGAUUGCAAUUAAAUAUCCUCUGAAGAGAUAUAAGGAAGAUGUCAACAAACGAACAAAACUUAUUAUUCUGAUUAUUUUGAUAGGAAGUGGAUUAGUAAAUAUUCAUUUCCUUUUUACCAUGGGGUUGCAACCAAACAAAUCACAUGACCUCACAUCAUCAUGUGACCCGCAUUUGAUGUACCUUAACUUUUAUCGAACUGUUUGGGCAUGGAUUGACGCCAUAAUUUACUCAUGGAUUCCAUUUUGCGUCAUUGGUAUUACUAAUAUAUUUACUAUCAUUGGCCUUUUUAUCGCACGAAAAACUAGAAAAUCAUUAAACAGUAAAGAAGUCAAAGUAUCACAUCGGGAGCAUUACAUGACUAUCAUGGUACUUACCAUUUCUAUAUCCGUCCUUAUCAUGCUUGUUCCAGUCAAUACCAUAAUGAUAAUGUUGAUAUUUUGGAAAAACACAGUUGGAUCAAACCAAGAAUUAUAUAGUAUGCAGGUAGCAAAAACAAUCGGCGAACUAUUAAUGUAUACAAGUCAUUCGGUUAACUUUGUACUUUAUUACUGGGCCGGUUCCCAAUUCAGACAUCAAUUUGGGAAGGUAUUCUUUCCAAAGAAAAAAGAAAAAAGAGUUCAUAGAAUGUCUACUUUUGAACCUACAUGUAGUAAAUCAAUACUAUCCAUUGAUGAUGAUUUAUGA